CUGUAUUAAUGGUCAACUGCCCCAAUAUGUUCACAUGCUACAAAAAAAAACUUAAACCCUUUUUUUUGUUCCUAUCUUCUUCUUUCCUCUAGAGUUUUGAGAUUUGUGAGGAGAAGCCGACCAAUUCAUGAAGGUGUAGACUUUGGAUGAGAAACUAAUGUCUUGUUCCGACAAAACCAUGGUGGAUCCGCUCCUGAAAGAUUUGGACGAGAAGAAAGAGAGUUUCCGGAGGAACGUUGUCUCUUUGGCGGCUGAGCUGAAGCAAGUGAGGGGCCGUUUGGUUUCUCAAGAACAAUCCUUUCUUAAGGAAUCCCAAACUAGAAAAGAAGCAGAGAAAAAAGCAAAGAACAUGGAAAUGGAGAUGUGUAAACUGCACAAGAGGUUGGAAGAAAGGAACUCUCAGCUUCAAGCUUCUGCAUCUGCUGCUGAAAAGUUUAUCAAAGACUUGGAGGAGUUUAGAUCACAGCUGGAUGCAACCAAUGUAACCGCAGAGUCAAGUGCUGACUCUGCUCAGUCUGCACACGUCCAAUGCUCACUCCUUAAACAACAACUCGACGACAAAACACGUUCUCUCAGAGAGCACGAACACCGUGUGACUCAGCUCGGGCGUCAGCUCGAUGAUCUACAGAGAGGACUGAGCUUGAGAGAGUGCUCGGAGAAGCAGCUGAGGGAGGAGCUUAGGAGAAUCGAGCGGGAGGUAACAGAGGCUAUUACAAAGGCUGGGAUAGGUAGCAAUGAUUGCGUGCUCCAGAAGCUUCUGGAAGAUGUUUCUCCGAUGAAUUUUGAGAGGAUGAAUAGACUGGUUGAAGUGAAAGACGAAGAGGUUAAGAAGCUGAAGGAUGAGAUAAGGUUAAUGUCAGGUCACUGGAAACAUAAGACCAAGGAGCUAGAAUCUCAGCUGGAGAAACAGAGAAGGACAGAUCUAGACUUGAAGAAGAAGAUACUGAAGCUAGAGUUCUGUCUUCAAGAAACUAGAAGCCAGACCAGAAAGCUGCAGAGGAAGGAGGAAAGACGUGACAUUGAGAUCAAAGAGAUAAGAGAGAUGAUGUCAGAGAAACAACAAGGUAAUGAAGAAUCUUGGGAGAAACAGAAGUUCUGGGACAAUUCAGGAUUCAAGAUCGUUGUAUCAAUGUCUAUGUUGAUGUUAGUGGUAGUCUCCAAGAGAUGAGUUUUUCUCUUCCUUUUUUAUUUUUUUUUUGUAUAAAAUGUAGUUGACGAAAAAAUCUAAAACUAUAGAAAAUCUAGGGGUUUGUAAUAAUAUAUGUACUAGAUUUUGACCCGCGCUUUUGAAGCGCGGGAUAUUUUACGAUGAAAAAUUUUACUAAUAAUUUAACAAAUAUUUUGGUAAUU